AUGUGGUGUGGUUGUCGUGGUGCUGGCUUCACAGAUCUCUUCAACCGGGCCUCUCUUUCUGUGUCUCAUUGCUACAUAGAAAUCCAGCUGAACCGUAGCAACUUCAUCAGCAAGAUUACUCACUACACCGAAACCAGCCGAGGCACUAUUAUGCUGGAUUCGUCAGUGCUUGUGGCUGGGGUAGUCAUAGGAGUGGUCCUCUUUCUAUCCUGCGUGGCCAUCCUGAUUGGCAGCCUGCGAAAAAAUCAGUGCUUUCGACAUCUCCAGCUGUGGAGCGAUGCCAGCUACACUCCGGACUGUUUUUCCUAUGGUGGCUCCGUCGGAGAGCUAAGAUCCAGCUGCGCUGAAGAAUUCCCACCAACAUUUUACUUUAGUUCUUACCUGGAGGCACUUUCCCAGGCCAACAUCAUACAUCCAGACUCACCACCACGAUACGAUGAGUGUGUUGGGCCUGGAGCAGCCCAAAUCUACCUUCCAACAGAAGAUCCUCCACCUUAUUCUUUGAUAGACCCUUGUCAGCAGAACGAUGUGUCUACGAACAAUUCCUUGGAAGAAAGGGGAUCUACCAGUACAACAACGGGGUGGGAUUCUGAGGGUUGGGUUAGGAUACAGGACCUUCAUCCACCUUCCACGGCCCCGUCAUCGUCCUUCCCAACCGAAACCGCUCCACCGUACGAGGCUGUUGUGGGUGAACAGAACAUUCCUCUCCCACAAGCCUCACUCGCUCUGCUGAAAGCUUCAGCAGAUUAUCAUCGGACACUUUUCGACAGAAUAGGGUAAACGAAUUACAC